AACACAUCAACAACUGAUAUGUUUAUAUUUAAAAAUUACAAUUUUGUUUAUACUGGGCUGGCCAAAAAGUUAUAUCAUUUUUAUCAGUAGUUGACAUUCAUUCAAUUUGUGUGUCGACACUUCAUUUUUUCAACAAAUGCAUACAUGGCCUUGAAGCUUACAUUUCAGGGUAUCUUAUUUAAAAAAGAGUGCCGAGUACAAUGGAGUGUUUCAUCUGUUACAAAUAGUUAAAAACGGAAGACACAAAGUCUGGUUUUGGAAAUAUUAUAUCAUUUUCAAAAAGGUAGAACAUUGUUUAAAUUGGAAAAAGACAUGAAUAGUGUACGUGAGAUGGUACUAAAUGAUUGCAAAAGUUUUGGUUUUGCGAAAUUUUUUGUUGAAAAUAUUUCUACGAAUAAUGAUCCAUGUUCUAGGAGAGCAAGCACUGUUAGAUGAUCAAUAAUGAUUAAAUGGAAGUCUUGAUCAGCAAUAAUUCUGCUUACACAUUGAAAAAACAAUUCGUUGUAUAAUAAGAUUUCAGUUGCACAUGUUAGAUUUGUAGUAGAAUAUCUUUUCAAAAAGCAACAAAAUUUUUUAUUCAACCAGAUAUAUUAAAGUCCACGUUAUUAGUGCUUCCUUUUUACCAAUAUUUAGUGUAAUAACUUUCACCCCAGGCUCUGAUAACUUCAACGACAGCCCUGUAUAUAAGUACUGAAGCACAAUACAACUCAAUAUGUAUGUGCUUACAUAUAACACAUGUAUACUCAGGAAGUGUGUCCUCUCACGCGAAUACUCCAUGCAUAAAGCGGACAUUAAUAAACACUCUUAUGCAAUUAGGAAUAUCAGCCUUAAUACGCAUAUACAAAUCGUUCUGCUUUUAUUUUUACAAAGUAUGUGAUAAGGAGAAUGAUGCAAAGGGAACACGACUUCAUAAAGUUACGUGCACUGUUUUUCAAUAGUGAAUGAUAACAAAAACUUCUAGUACAAAAAUGGAGAGCUGCGAUGUUUUCAGUAAUCUAAAAAGGGUAAAUUUGGAAUCAGACAUUUGCAGACAUUCCUGCUGUUUUUGGGGAUGGCUUUUGGAUACUGUCUUCGAGUGAGCAUAUCGGAAGCCAUCGUCCCAAUGGCGAAAAAUGAUAGUUCUCAAGGGGAGGUGUAUAAUUGGGGUCCAUCAGAAAAGUCUAUGAUCCUAAGUUCCUUCUUUUGGGGUUACACGGUAAUUCAAGUACCAAGUGGAUAUAUAGCGUCUGUUUGGAGUGGUCAAAAAUUGCUUUGCAUCGGGGUGUUUGUUUGUGCAAUUUUGAACGCGUUAAUACCCACUGUUGCUCGGUAUGGAGGUUACAUCGCAGUCUGCAUUUGUAGGGUCGGUAUGGGUCUUUGUCAAGGUUGCCUUUUACCUUGCACUCAUACGCUCCUCUCAAAAUGGGCACCUCCAAACGAACGAUCGAGACUUGGAGCAUUUGCUUAUGCUGGAGCACAAUUUGGUACCGUGAUUUCGUUUCCAAUUUCUGGACUACUAGCAGGUUCUUCGAUUGGCUGGCCCUCCAUUUUUUAUGUAUUUGGUGCUCUAGCCUUCAUUUGGAGUAUCACGUUUUUCUUUUUCGGCUCUGAUAGCCCUGCUCAGGAUUCACGAAUAUCGCAAGAGGAGAAAGAAUAUAUAGAAAGCAGUAUACGAAGUGACGAGGGGAAGAAAGCGAUACAUGAUACAGGGAAAAAAGUAACACCAUGGAAAUCUAUCUUCACCUCUGUUCCAAUGUGGGCUCUCAUAAUUGUACACUGUGGACAAAACUGGGGAUACUGGACUCUGGUCACGGAAUUACCAAAUUAUAUGGACAAUGUGUUGAAAUAUAAUUACGAAGAGAACGGUCUGUUGUCAGCCUUGCCAUAUCUGGUGAUGUGGAUUCUGAGCUUCCCCAUGUGUUGGUUGGCCGACUACUCAUUAAAGAAGGGUGUUUCAAGAGGGGUGGUGAGAAAAGUUAGCAACACCAUAGCCCACUGGGGGCCCGCCAUUGCUUUAAGUUGUUUGGCCUCAAUGUCGAUCCACGACCCCCUCGUGGCUGUCGCCAUUUUGGUAGUAGCCGUUGGAUUAAAUGCUGGAUCUUUAUGUGGAUUCCAAAUCAAUCACAUUGAUUUGAGCCCGAAUCAUGCCGGUACAAUGAUGUCCAUCACAAACUGCAUCGCUUCUGUAAUCGCGAUAAUCGCACCUUUAGUCUGCAGUGAAAUCGCGUAUGAAGAGACGAACGCAUCACUGUGGAACAUAGUGUUUUAUUUAUCCGCUGCAAUUUACGUACUGGGAAACUUAGUUUUCAUUAUUUUCGGUCAAGCUGAAGUUCAACCAUGGAAUGAACCCGAAGCUUUCGAACUUACGAAAAGGAAAGAAUCUGAAACAGCGUGAAUAAUAAAAACAGCAAGCACACAUUGUCUUUCAUUAUAAUUUAAAUGUUACUUGUACUAUAUGCAUUUAUUAUAUUACACGUGUGCUAAGGUAGACACUGUACAUAGCAUACCUGUGUCGGUAAUA